AUGGAGGACCUCCGAGAUCAAAACUCCGAAGCGCUUCGAACAGCCGCUGCCAACAUCGCGACCCUGGAGGGAUCCGUCGACUCUUGGCGACAGCGGAUGGACCGUGCACUCAAAGAGACAGAGCAACGGCUGUCGCAAGAGGUCGAGAAGCGUUUACAACCCGUGCAGGACCGCGUCGUGCAAGACAUCAAGGGUGUCACAGGUGCUCUUGCUGCCGAGGCCGAGAGCUUGCGUGGCAAGAUGGAGCAGCGAAUCGCGGAUGAGUUCCGGCAGAUCUCUGGACAGAUCCAGUCUGUUCACAGCACUGCUCUGCAGAACCAUGAGUCCAUGGGCAACAAUGUCUCAGGUCUACUGCAGCGCCUCGGUGCCGCCGAGAUAUCGAUGGCCGAAGAGCAGGGCAAGCGAGAGCUGAUGAAGAGGCAUCUGGAGGAGCGGCUGGACCAGGCAAGGGAGCAGGCGACCGUCAAAGUCUCUCUGAGCUUCGAUUCGUAG